CUAUAAACAAAGUUGGCUUGACGAUGUGCUGAGCAAUGAGGAACGACUUCAAUAAGCUUUUAAAGCUUAUCUACUCCCCGAAAUUUCACCAUACCUAGUUUAAGACUCAGCUUAAGCUUCUACUAUGCUUUGGGCGCCUUAAUGGGGCAGUUUCAUGGGAUUUUAUUACGAAGAAAUCCAAAAUCGAGAGAUGCUCUCCAGACGUUCACAGAUCUGGACAACCUUCCACCCGAGUUGGCUGUAGCUGUGUUAUCGAAUUUGAAUGCUACAGAUCUCUGYCUGGCGGCCUGUGUUUGGGAACAUUUGGCCAAUAAUAAUCUAUUGUGGAUGAGUCUUUGUAGAACAACAUGGAGAUAUUCAUCUGCUUACAAAGCCAUGCACAAGAGUAAUAUGACAUACAAGUCCCUUUAUCUGCUAUUAGAUGAUGGGACAUGCUUAUUUAACGUACUUCCCAAAGAGGGUAUAUUAUUUUUAAUCAAGAAUAAUAUCAUAAAAGACACAGUUAAAGAUAUCACUUUGUUUAUUAAUGGAGCUACAGUACUGCGUGCUGAUGCUGUAAGGGACUAUCUCAAAGAAAGGAGAGAUGUCCUUGAUGAAUUAGUUAGUCUGCAGUCAUACACUGGCAUGUUUUUACCAGAAGCUUUGAGAAAGUUUUUUGAUUUAAUUCAACCACCAGAAGCCAGAAAUGAAUAUUUGGACACACUUCUUGAAUUAUUCAGUAGGAGGUACUUGAGGUGCAAUCCAGGUUGUGAACUCUCUCAAGAUACUGUAUUUAUUCUCUGUAACUCUUUGCUACUUCUAAGUGUUGACCUGAGCAGCCCAAAAGUCAAAAAUAAAAUGACCAAGAGAGAGUUUAUCAAAAAUCUCCGUGGAGUUGUCCACCCCACAAGUGUUGAUUUUAUAGGGGACCUUUAUGAUGACAUCUAUCUUAGAGGCCAUGUUGCUGUACCUAAAAGCAAGUGUCUUCAGUCUCAGACCUUUCCUUGUGUUAGACCUUAUGGUAACAUCUUCUUAACUGUUUGACAGUCCAAAGCAUGUCUUUUUUUACUUAUAAUACAGCUGCAUUGUUUAACUUAUUUAGUCUUUAUGAAAAUGUUGACAAUGGUAGAAUGAAUUAGUGAAUGUUUGCAAACUAUACUUACAUUAGUGAAUUUUGCUUCUAAUUAUCCAGCUUACUAAAAUAUUUAAAAAAAUCCGACUUCUAAAAAAUAUAAUAUAUAUAGGGUGACGUCACUAAUAUUUCAAAGGAAAACUUUUAACUUAUUAAUCUGAAGAACAUGUUGAAUACAUGUUUGAAAAAUAGCAAAAAUCAUGAAUACAAUGAUACAUUGGUUAGAAGUAAGAAUUUUUCCAAAUGACUGUACCUCUAAAUAUACUUUAGCCUUAAUGUUUUCACAGCUACGUAUUUACCAGGGUUUGUGCUCCUUGAAAAGCUCUGGAAUUAAAAACUCAUUUUCAUUUUAAGGGGCACUUAUAGAUCUAUUGAAAAUAGAAAAACUGGAUAGCACCAAAGCCAAUGUAAUUUCACUAUGAUAUUCCAUAGGUAGAGUUUGUAUAUGUAUUCAAACAACAUACUAUAAUAAUUGUAGAAUUAAUACCUCAAAAAUGUAACAUACAUGUAGCAAAAUGAAUCUAAACUUCUAGCACUAAAGAUAAUCAUUAUACAGUAAAAUCUUAGCUUCAAGUAGAAAAUCAUUAUAACGAGAGAUAAAAAAAGCAUUUAAAAAUGUUUUACGUAACUUUUAUUUUUUAUGAUUUUUGUAUAACAUAAUUUUUCUAAUUUUUGCACUUAGUCUUUCAAGCAMAUUGAAAGUAUACAUACAUGGUCCACAAUUUUUUUAUGACAAAACCUCCUAUCAAUGUAUCACACCUUAUAUUAGAUUACUGUGUAUAUCUGCUGAUCAUAGCCAACUUUGUAAAUAGUGCARUAGUCAUCACAGAUUUGUGCUUGUUUAUAUAAACAAACACUGAAUAAACUCACAAUAGAUAUAGAUAGAUA